AUGAGUAAAGCGGACAUCGAAUGUAUAUCGGUCGAUGGCUUGGUGUGGAGGUGUCAGGCUUGUGCUCAGACGAGACGUAAGAGCAUGAGAUUCGACUCUGAAAUGACGGAAGGAAAACUUACACUGGAAGAUGUAAUGAAAAAGGUGACGGAAAUUUUUGAAAAUCAAAAACAAGCUGAAAAAAAUGUUAAUACAUCAUAUGAAGCUUUGAGUGAUAAACUGGAAGACAACACGAAAGCUAUCAAAGAGCAAACUGCUUCCCUUGAAAAGUGCCUCAGGAUGAUUGACGAGCUGGCUGCGGAAAACAGAAGCCUUCGAGAGAAAGUGAGCAGUCUGGAGAUGCGUAUUGACGACUUGGAACAAUACUCUAGAGUCAAUUCUGUGAAGAUACAUGGCAUCCCUCAACAGAAGAACGAAGACGUAGUGGCGGUCGUAAAGGAAGUUGGAAAGGCGCUCGACUUGGAGAUCACGGACUCGAUGAUUGACAACUGUCAUCGCUUGGGAAGGAGACCUGGCCCGAACAGUCCGCAACCAGGAAUUGUGGUCAAAUUCGUUCGACGUCUGGACAAAGAGGAACUGCUGAGGAAGUGCCGUGUCAAGAGCAACUUCUCCACCAGACACAUGAACCUCAGCAUGGAUCAGCCCAUUUAUAUAAAUAAGGCUUUAUCACAGGCGAGAAGGCGUCUGCUAGCGGCGGCGCGACAAGUCAAGAAAGAAAAGAGCUUCAAGUAUCUCUGGGUUCGAGGUGGAAAAAUUUUUCUCAGAAAGGAAGAGAAGGCGCCAGUGUUUCAGGUGACUUGCCAGGCGGACUUGGAUAGGUUUUAG